AUGGCUGAGAACAGAAGAGCUAUUGCGGUGGUGUUCUUCGGAGUCGCCAUGUGGACUAGUUUGCAUUUCACAAUUGCCUAUGCAUCUUCUCCUCCUCCUCUUUACGAGUUCAAAGAUGCCCCUCCUCCUCAUGUCCCACCUCCCCCGAUUUAUGUAUACAAGUCUCCGCCUCCUCCAACUUAUAUACACAAGUCUCCACCUCCUCCUAAAUAUGUUUACAAGUCUCCGCCUCCUCUGACUUACGUGCACAAAUCUCCACCUCCUCCUACAUAUGUUCACAAGUCUCCACCUCCUCCGAGUUAUGUGCACAAGUCUCCCCCUCCUCCCACUCCUACUUACUCUCCACCUCCUCCUACUUACUUGCACAAGUCUCCUCCUCCCCCCACAUAUGUACACAAGUCUCCACCACCCCCUACUUAUAUACACAAGUCUCCUCCUCCCCCUACAUAUGUGCAUAAGUCUCCACCUCCACCUUUUUACCUACACAAAUCUCCCCCUCCUUCUCCUUAUGUAUACAAGUCUCCACCUCCUCCUUUUUACUUGCACAAGUCUCCUCCUCCCCCUACUUACAUACACAAAUCUCCUCCUCCCCCUACAUAUGUACACAAGUCUCCACCUCCUCCUACUUACAUACACAAGUCUCAUCCUCCCCCUACAUAUGUACACAAGUCUCCACCUCCCCCUACUUACAUACACAAGCCUCCUCCUCCCCCUACAUACAUGCAUAAGUCUCCACCUCCUCCUAUUUUCUUACACAAGUCUCCCCCUCCUUAUCAUUACAUAUAUAAGUCUCCACCUCCUCCUAUUUACUUACACAAGUCUCCACCUCCUCCUAAAUAUGUACACAAAUCUCCUCCUCCCCCUACUUAUUUGCACAAAUCUCCCACUACACCUAAACACUUACACAAGUCUCCACCCCCACCCAAAAAUAGUGUAAAGCCAGGAUCACCCUAUUAUUAUAAAUCUCCACCACCUCCUCACCAUGAACACCAUGAUCAUCACCACCAUGACCACCAUCACCAUGACCACCAUCACCAUGACCACCAAAUUACACCCCCUCCACAUUAUUCUUACAAGUUUCCUCCUCCGCUCCACUAUGCAUCACCACCAUUUCCUGCCCACAAAUCGCGAUCACCUUUCCAAAAGUAUCCUCCACCUCCUCAUCACGUCCAACAUGCUAGAUUUUUGUAUUCCACAAUUGUCCAUGCUUCUGCCCUUCCUCCUCUUUAUGAAUUUAAAGAUUCCCCUCCUCGUGUCUCACCUCCCUUGAUCUAUGUAUACAAGUCUCCACCUCCUCCAAUCUACAUACACAAGUCUCCUCCCCCACCUUCUUACAUAUACAAGUCUCCACCUCCUCCUAUUUAUGAGCUUGACUAA